AUGGGCACUUUUACCCCGACAUACUUCCUAAAGACCGCCUUCUGGGAUAAGCGCGGCUUGUGGGCUGCAUCAAUUGCAGUUUUCUAUUUCGCUCGUUGCUGGGAAAACGCUGGAAUGAAUAAAGCUGAAAUGAUGAAGGGUCAAUCGAAAAUGUAUGCAGAUCGUAUUAAACAGAUUCCAUUCCACUCUGACCCGUGGAAGUAUUGA